AUGCUUACUCCUAUCAGAGUUCGUGGACGCAGAAAGAGAGCCUGGUCACCCAGUGAUGGUGUCCCCAAACCUGUACCAUCAGGCCCCAAGGGUGGACGGCCUAUGCUGCCUCCUAAGUCUCAAGGGCCCGUCAAGUCUAAUGGUCGCAAGCAACCGCGCCUCCUCGUGGCCCGACCACCACCACGGAAACCUCGGAACAAGCUAUCUAGAUUAGAGGCUCUUCCCGUGGAGUUGAUUGAGAAGAUCUUCCUAUACUCACUAAAUGUCAAUUUACCUCGGAGCUCGCGCUUUCUCGCUCAGGCAAUGUCUAGUGAGCGGAUUUAUAGAGCUUUGACACUGCUCGCUUUCUGGGAUGAUGCCUCAUUGACACCAGCGGAGUCAGACACGGACCGAGUACCUGCCCGUGCUAAAGCCGCCCAGAGACAGAUAUUUCGGCUUCUGAGGCCAUUUGACUAUUGUCCUCUAACCCUAGAGGAGAGAUUAUCGUUCCAGGAGUCGGUCCUCCGGUGCCGGUGGUGCACGCUUGAGCGCGUGGUCGAUCAGCUCCCGGAUCUGAUGCGCUUGACGAUUUUGCGGCAUUGGGUCUCGAAGCCGUUCAAUAUGGCCAGUGAUGAGCAAGAGAAACUCGACCUCUUCCUUGCGCAGAAAGGAGACGAUCGCACGUUUGAGGGCACAGAUAAGGAUGAGGUGGGCCACACCCUGUCGAUUGUACCCUUGGUAAAGGUCACCAUCAUACGCAAUGAGCCCUACUCGACGUGGAACGUUCCAGUACUUGGAAUUCUCAAGAUACCUGAUAAAUAUCUCAGCGGCACAGGUGAAGGAUUUAGUGAAGCCCAUACCCGAUACCUUGAGCUUCUCCGAGUUGCUGGGGGGAUAACCGACGCAGUCAGUAAAUGGCGACGGAUCAAUCCAUCAUUCUCACGCGAAGCCCUCCAAGAAGGCGUUCACACAGCUUUGAUAGCGCACAAUACCGCCGCUCUCACAACUCUACUCAAAAUCGAUGAGUUGACGUUCCGCUUAGAAGAAGUAGCCCCGCCCCUUCCAUACACGUUUCCAGCAGAGCAUUUCCGCACUGCUGUCCGCGUUGCGCGCCAUGACCCUGGGUUUUUCCAGCUCUUACUUCGCGCCAGUGCUGAAUCCGUUCCCAUUGACGAUUCGGAGAUUACACAAUGGGCGAUGGAGUUGGACGGCCCACUUGGCGCUUGGCUGCUGGAUUUCAUGCUCGAGCUACCGCAGCGGGUCAAGGCAGUCGGCACCGACCCCGAAGGCGGAGCGAUGUUUUAUAAGGGUCGCUCCAAUGCCCAGUGUCCAAUGACGACAAGGUAUCUUCGUGAGGUUUUAGGGGUGGAGGCGGUGGAAAAAUGGACGGAUGAGACACCGUGCGACGGCCCCGUUACCUGGGCCGUCGAAGCCUGA